UCCGUUGCGUUUUCCUCUCUUGGUCAAUUCAAUGGGCCCCGAUUUUUUCGCCUUUACUUGAUGGGGUAUAAAAACGGCUGUCACUUUACUUUUCUACAUUGUCUAUUGUUUCCUAUUAAACGGUAUUGUGACUAUUACUAAACAAAAUGUUCAAAAUUGCUAUUGCAUUAUCUGCUCUUUUCUGUCUGGCUAGCGCUGGAUACUUAGGAGAACCUUUAGCUUAUCAUGCUCCUAUAGUAGCCGCCCCUAUUAUAAAAGCACACGUACCUGUGGCAACAUCGUACCAAAAUAGCGUACAGAUCUCUUCUGCUCACGUGCCAAUAGUAGUCAAAACUCCAGUAGUCGCCGCACCUGUUAUCAAAGCAGCACCCUUAAUCGCCGCUCCUGUGCAUUAUGCUCCUGCUCCCACUAUUAUUAAAAGUCCAUUAAUUGCUGCUCCUUAUCCUUAUUUGCAUUAAUAUAAAUAUUUAUUUUAGACAGUUUGGCAGUACAUUCAAAGUUCCUACAACAAUUUUACAUGAUUUUUUAAAUUUUAUUGGCAUAAAUUAUAUUAUGCAUAAAGUCCUGAUUAAAAAAAAUGUACUUCCAAACUGUUAAAGUAAUUUUAAUAAAAGAUUUUAAAAAUAUGAGAUAAUAGCAUGACAAACUGCGAUGUAAAUAUUAUAGAUUAUAUAUAUUUUUGUAUUAAUAAAUUGUGAUUUCAAAAGCAA